CAUGGAGAAGAAGACAUGGAGAAUGCUUGGUAGGCAUAAACUCAUGUCUGAAGAUGUCUUCCGCGCGCGAACUCACUGCAAACGACAGNAAAACAAUCCAGAUGUGAUGAAUGAGCUAGCAGAGAAACUAGGUCUUUCAUCCACCCUCCAGUUCUACGACAUCUACUGUCUAGACGGACCUGAACAUCUCGCACACAUUCCUCGCCCUGCUCUGGCUCUGUUGGUCAUCAUCCCACUCACGGACGCCUGGGAUCAGAAUCACAAGGGACUCUACGCUGGCUACGGGCCAAACGAGCCGGUCAUCUGGUUCAAGCAGACCAUCGGUAAUGCGUGUGGCUCCGUGGGUCUGCUGCAUAGCUUGAUCAAUGGGCCCGCUGUCGACUUCAUCAAGCCUGGGUCCGAGCUUGCAACAAUCCGUAGCCGUGCUAUUCCUUUGGACAUGACCAAGCGCGCCGAGAUGUUGUACAACAACGAAGCUUUCGAGGUCGCUCACAAGUCAGUCGAGCAAGAAGGGGAUAGUGAUGCCGAUCCACAGGACGAUCGCAAAGGUGGACACUUUGUCAGCUUCGUCAAGAGUGGAUGCAAGCUAUGGGAGCUCGAAGGUGACAGGAAAGGUCCGCUGGAUAGAGGAAGUCUUGAUGACGACGAAGAUGUUCUCAGUCCGCGAGCCNUUGACAUGAGCAUCAAGAGGGUUAUCAAGCUGAACGCAAGUGGAGGUGGAAAAGACUUCCUGUUCAGCUGCAUUGCUUUGGCUCGCAAGCUCGAG